AUGCUCAAGCUGCGCCGGUGCUUCACGACGGACGCCGCAACGAGCGCGCUCCACACGCUCUUCGCCUCGGUGGCGGCUCAAGAGAUGUCGGCGGACGACGCGAUGGUGCAGUGGCGACACGUCGAGUACGAUGUGCUCGAGGCCUUUGCCAAGCUCGACGGGCAGCGUUCGGCGCGAACGGGAUUUCCUGAAGUCGUUUACGCCGAGGGCAAAACGUCUUCCCAAGUCGCUUCGAUCCUCCGAGCGAUGCAAAAGUCCACGGACGUGGUCAUGGCCACGCGCGUGAGUGCUUCGAUGGCCGCCGACGUCCUUUCUGAGCCCGGCCUCGAGAGCCUCGAAUACAACGCGGUCGCUCGCAUUUUGGCCAAGCCCAUCGAGGCGACCCGCCCGCCUCUCAACAAGAUCGUAUGCGUCUUGUGCGCCGGAACAUCUGACUUGCCCGUCGCCGAGGAGGCAGCCGUGACGCUAGAGCUCGCGGGGCUCGACGUGCGGCGCAUCUAUGACGUGGGCGUAGCCGGCUUGCACCGCCUCUUGCGCCACCGCCGCGCGGUCGAGGACGGCGACGUCAUCAUCGUCGUGGCCGGCAUGGAUGGCGCCCUUCCGGGUGUCGUCGGAGGGCUGACGACCAAGCCGAUCAUCGCCGUGCCCACCAGCGUCGGGUAUGGCGCGGCAUUUGCGGGUCUGGCGCCGCUACUAACCAUGCUCAACGCGUGCUCGCCGGGCGUCGGCGUGGUCAACAUCGACAACGGUUUUGGCGCUGCCGUCCUCGCCCAUCGCAUCGUCGCGGCGCACCCCAAGACAACGUCAACGACAUGA